GCAAGCCUGCACCUGCUUCUCUCACCUCCCUCCCUCUCUCUUCCAUACAUCUCCUUUCCACCCCCGCCGCUUCUCAGUCCCGACCGUUUGCGCCGCUGGAAGGUUCUGGAACCUUCUGAGAUGAGGAGGAGCAGACGCCAACGCAAUGGACGAGGAGGAGGGAGUGGCCAGCGCGGUGUAAGGGUGGCCUUUGCCUUCGCCGUGCUGCUGGGCUGUGUCAUGCCCCUCGUCGGCGGCGCCGCCGCGCAGGGCCCCCGGCUCCCCUCCGACUACAAAACCCUCAGCGGCGCCGCUCCACUUGUGGUCGCCAAAGGUGGAUUUUCGGGAGUGUUUCCAGAUUCCAGCCAAGGUGCCUAUUCUUUUGCGAUGAUCGCCAGCGCACCGGACACAGCCAUGUGGUGUGACGUUCAACUAACAAAGGAUGGUGUUGGAGUUUGCCUUCGGGAUAUAAAUAUGAAAAAUUGCACCACUGUCGACCAAGCGUACCCUGCGAGAACGCGGACCUAUGUCAUCGAUGGUGUGCAGAAAUCUGGAUGGUUUGUUUCAGACUUCACCAUUGCUGAGCUUCAGUCUGUUUCUCUAACACAAGCAAUUUGGUCUCGCACUGAGAGAUUCGAUGGUAUCUAUCCUAUCGUCAGUGUUACUGACUUUCGGUCCCUUGUCAUGCCAUCUCCUGUUUGGUUGAAUGUCCAGCAUGACAUCUUCUACAAACAACAUGGUUUGGACAUGAGGAACUACAUAUUUUCAAUCAAAAAGCGUGUAUCCAUGGAUUAUAUCUCAUCACCUGAACUGGGCUUCCUCAAAAAUAUAUCUGGAAGAGUUGGUCGCAAAACAAAGCUUGUGUUUAGAUUUCUUGAUAAAGCCCUCUUAGAUCAUUCUAUAAACCAAACAUAUGGUUCACUGUCGAGUAACCUAACGUUUAUUAAGUCUAUUGCAUCUGGCAUAAUAGUCCCUAAGAGUUACAUUUGGCCGGUGACAAAGGAUAACUAUCUACUGCCAUCCACAUCAAUUGUCACAGAAGCCCACAAUGCAGGGCUGGAAAUAUAUGCCUCUGAUUUUGCCAAUGAUAGAAUUAUUCCCUAUAACUACAGCUAUGAUCCGUUGGCAGAAUACCUCAACUUUGUCAAUGAUGGUGGCUUCUCUGUUGAUGGUGUAUUGUCAGAGCACCCAAUUACUGCAUCAGAGGCAAUUGGUUGUUUUACUAAACUGAAUUCAAAUAAGACUGAUCAUGCAGGAGAACCCUUAGUUAUCUCACAUAAUGGUGCUAGUGGAGACUACCCGGACUGUACAGACCUGGCCUACCAUAGUGCAAUUGAUAAUGGUGCAGAUAUCAUUGAUUGUCCUGUUCAAGUGACAAGUGAUGGAGUUCUUAUGUGCAUGAGUUCCGGUAACCUGCUUGACACCACGAAUGUUCAGACAACAACUUACAGCUCUCUGGUUUCUGUUGUUCCAAAAAUUCAGCCUCAACCAGGAAUCUUCACAUUCAACCUCACUUGGGCCGACAUGAACAGCAAUGCUUUAAAACCCAAAAUAUCUUCUCCAGCAAGUGGUUAUUCUCUUGUAAGGAACCCAAGGUACACAAAUCAAGGGAAGUUUUUGAAGUUAUCUGACUUUCUAGCAAUCGCAAUGGAUAAGGACUUGUCGGGUGUCAUGAUCAUCAUUGAGAAUGCUGCAUUUUUAAUAAAUUCAUUGGGAAUCGACAUUGUUGAUUCUGUAACCACUGCCUUAAGUGCUGCUGGCUUCAAUAAUCAUCCUACCAAGGAAGUUCUGAUCCAGUCAAAAGAUAGUGCUGUUCUUGUCAAAUUGAAGCAAAAGAAAACAAAAUCCAAGCUUGUUUACACUCUACCCUCAGGCAUCGGGGAUGCUUCUAAUUCCUCACUGAAAGACAUUAAGAAGUUUGCUGAAGCUGUGGUUGUGGACAGCAAAUCUGUUUUUACUCUAAGUUCUGACUUUAUCAUAAGACAGAACAGUCUUGUGCAAGAUCUGCAGUCAGCAGGGCUAGCUUUGUAUGCAGAGGUGUUCCGGAAUGAGUUUGUAGCACAACCGUUGGAUUUCUUCGGAGAUGAAACUGUAGAAAUCAAUUACUAUGUUCAAUCAUUUAAUUUAUCAGGCAUCAUAACUGAUUUCCCGAAGACAGUCAGAAGAUACAAAAAAAACACUUGUACAGUUCUGGGAAAUGAUAUGCCCAACUACAUGCAGCCUCCUCAGGCUGGCUCCCUUGCACAGUUUCUCCAAACCUUCAAAACCCAGCCACCAUCUCUGCCACCUAUGCCGACACUGAGUUCUUCAAGCGUGGAGGAGCCACCUCUUCCUACUGUUGCCUCAAGAAGUGUAUCUGAUGGUAGUUCAUCAGGGGGCACCAGAACUCCUGGCACACCUUCUGAUGCUCACACGGCUACUAUGAGUGCUGGCAUGCUACUUGUGAUGGUUUUCACAGCUCUGCUGAUCUGACAAGACACAUGAGACUGUAUAGUAGACGACUGAAGCUAAUCUAUCACCCUUCGAUUCGGGCAAGCUUUGACUGGUGAUCUGGUACUAGUACUAGCACACUCUUGUUUUCUUGUUGGACUUGGUUGUAGUACUUCGAAAUAAGUGUGAGUCUCAAUUCAUAGGUGGAAUCGUCGAAAGGUUAUGAUCAUUGUUGCCCAAUUCGCUUAAACUUAUCGGCCAUACUUUUCUAGUAAUGAAAUAAUAUGUUUCUCUCAUAACAAAACAAAUUUGCAACUGCUUCUCCUCUUCCUCCUCCUUCCCCUGCAGUAGCAGCAGAAGCGGCACUGGGGAGUGAGAGACUAAGGAAGCUUGGGGAUCUGGAGAGGGAAGGGCCGGCGGGGUGAGGCAGCUUCUCAAAAUAGUCCCACAGCCCCACCAACAGCAGCAGGCCCAGCAACACUAAGAAAUAGUAUAUGCCUAUACCUGCUUGCGGUUUGUGGCUUUAUGUUAUAUUUGUUGUUAUAUAUGUAUGAGACAUGAUACAUUUUGGACACUUGAUCAAAUUCUGAAUCGAACUCUAUAUCAUCAUUAGCCGCAAGUCUAAUGGACCAA